AACACAAAAAUGCUGACAGGGGAGUUGUUGUGCCUGAUGAUGUAAUCCUGACUUGUGUUUAAACUGUAGCAGCAGGUACGUCUGUAUCAGGUCUGUUCUCCAGCACUCAAAUCUGUGGUUUCAUCUGGAUUUUCAAAAUGUACGGACAAAACCAAGGAAACCAGUAUCCGGGGGGCUACCCCAACAAUCCGCAGCAGAUGCCAGGAGGGUACCCUCAGUAUCCUCCAGGAACCUACCUUCCUGGAGGCUACCCUCAGUAUCCUCCAGGAACCUGCCCUCCUGGAGGCUACCCUCAGUAUCCUCAAGGAACCUGCCCUCCUGGAGGCUACCCUCAGUAUCCUCAAGGAACCUGCCCUCCUGGAGGCAACCCUCAGUAUCCUCCAGGAACCUACCCUCCUGGAGGCUACCCUCAGUAUCCUCCAGGAACCAACCCUCCUGGAGGCUACCCUCAGUAUCCUCCAGGAACCUACCCUCCUGGACCUGCAUAUCCUGGACAUGCACCUGGGCCUGGUUAUGGUCAUGGCCAAGGGCAGUGCCAUGGUUCUUGUCAGGGGCAAUGUCAGGGACAAUGCCAUGGACAUGGACAUGGACAUGGGCACGAACAUGGUCAUGGUCAUGGUCAUGGUCAUGGGCAUGAACAUGGACAUGGACAUGGACAUGGACAUGGACACAAGGACAAGGACAAGCAUAAGCACAAGGACAAGAAAAAGGACAAGAAAAAGGACAAGCACAAGCACAAACAUGGUCACCAGCAUGGCCAAUGUCACAAGAAAGGAAAAGACUGCCAUGGGUCCUCCAGCAGCUCCUGCAGCAGUGACUCCGACUAAAUAUAAAUUCUUUACAAUGCAAGAUAGAAGACAAUCUGUGACUGGAAACCUUCCUCCUCCUGCUGCAUCUGACAAUCUAACAGUAGAAUUAUCAUGUGUAUGUAAAAUCAUGUAAAAUCAGGGAUUUAGCCUUUCUAUGUUAGAUUUUAUCAUGUGGUAAAAAGAUAUGCAUUAAAUCCUUUUAACUAUAUAGUUAAUAACAUUUUGAAUCUUCUUUCUAACUUUCUGACACGGAACAGUGUCUUUACUGUGGUUUAAACAUUAUUGCUUUCAUGACUGUAUUUGUGGGAAAAAAAACAUUAAAAGUUAUCUUUGUUCAUAAACAAUUUGAAAAAAUAAAUUGUUGGUUCUGUUUUUCUGCCUUA